GCUGUCCUCCAGUUCCAGUACUGCUUAGUGCUCCUCCUCAGUCGUCUCGUCUCGUCUCCCCUCUCUGCCCAGCCAUGGUCGGCCCCGAGAUGCUCGUGGCCGCGGCGGUGAGCCAGGUCGCACGGAAGAUCAACGAAGUCGUCGGCGUGGCGCAGGGCGAGGUGAAGCUGUGCUGCAGCUUCGGCGACGACCUCGAGAGUAUCAAGGACACCCUGGUGUACCUGGAAGGCCUGCUCAAGAACGCGGAGAACAACUCCUUCGGGAGCGAGAGGGCGAACCUGCGGCACUGGCUCGGCCAGAUCAAGUCCCUGGCUUAUGACAUCGAGGACAUCGUGGAUGGGUACUACUCUUCCAAGGAGCAAUUCGAUGGGAGCAGCUAUGCUCAGAAGGGAUCAUUAUUCUGCUCGCUAUCCAAUCCCAUGCUUUCGAAAGUUGGCAUGGUUUAUAAGAUGAAAUCCAAGAGGGAACUGUUACAGACAAGGCAACACUUACCUACCCAAUUUCAUUUCAUUUCACAGAUUAAUUCAGUGGUGAAUUUUGAUGAGAAGCAAACAACAUCAUACAGAAAUAGUGAUAUCACAAUUGUUGGGAGGGAUGGAGACUUGGAACAUCUCAUGAAGAUGUUGAUGCAGAGAAAUCCACAAGAGCUUUCCAUUAUUCCCAUAGUUGGGCAUGUUGGUCUUGGGAAGACAAGCCUUGCGCAACUAGUUUUCAAUGAUGGAAGAGCAGAGAAAUUCAGUUUCAGGAUAUGGGUUCAUGUUUCCAUGGGUAAUAUCAACAUUGAAAAAAUUGGGAGAGAUAUAAUUUUGCAAACUACAGAAAGGUUUGAGGGAAACAUGCAAAUGCAGUCAAUUAAAAAGGCUGUUCAAGAUAUACUUAAUAAGUAUAGCUGCUUAAUAGUGUUAGAUAGCUUGUGGGGAAAAGAUGAAGAAGUGAAUGAGCUGAAGCAGAUGCUGCUGACAGGUAGACAGACAGAAAGCAAGAUCAUAGUGACUACUCACAGUGAUAAAGUAGCUGAGCUGAUAUCCACUGUUCCGCCAUACAAAUUGUCUGUUUUAUCUGAAGAUGAUUGUUCAAGUAUAUUCACUCAAAGGGCCAUGACAGGUCAUGGUGACCCACUUUUCAGGGAAUAUGGAGAAGAAAUUGUUAGAAGAUGUGAAGGCAUACCCUUGGUAGCCAACUUUCUUGGAUCUGUGGUGAAUGCUCAACGACAGAGGCGUGAAAUAUGGCAAGCUGCAAGGGAUAAAGAAAUGUGGAAGAUAGAAGAGGAUUACCCUGAAAACAAAAUUUCACCAAUACUUCCAUCAUUCAAGAUAAUAUACUACAAUAUGUCCCAUGAGCUAAGAUUGUGCUUUGUUUAUUGUUCAAUCUUCCCUAAAGGAUCUGUCAUUGCUAAGAAGAAACUUAUUCAGCAAUGGAUUGCACUUGACAUGAUUGAAUCCAAACAUGGAACCUUGCCGCUUGAUGUGACUGCUGAGAAGUACAUUGAUGAACUUAAAUCAAUUUGUUUCCUUCAAGUUUUAAAGAGGCCUGAGAUUGCUGAAGAAAUAUCUAACCAUUCUGAGGAAACGCUCUGCAUGCAUAAUUUGGCACAUGAUCUUGCUAGGUCAGUUGCUGGUGAAGAUAUCCUUGUGAUUUUAGAUGCUGAGAAUGAGCGCUGUACUAGAAACUAUGACUACCGUUAUGCACAAGUGUCUGCUUCUACCUUACAAUCAAGAAAUAGUAAGACUUGGCCUUCCAAGGCAAGGUCACUAAUUUUCAAGACCAGUGGUGCAGAAGUGCAGCAUGUCAGCGAAGUUCUUUCAGUGAACAAGUAUUUGCGUGUUUUGGAUCUCACUGGAUGUUCUGUUAUGGAGAUACCUGCUCCUGUUUUUCAGCUGAAACAACUGAGGUACCUUGAUGCAUCAACUUUGCCCAUUACAGCACUGCCUCCCCAAGUUAGUGGUUUUCAUAAGCUACAAACAUUGGAUCUUUCAGAAACUGAACUAACAGAGUUGCCACCCUUCAUCAGCAACUUAAAGAUGCUAAAUUAUUUGAAUCUCCAAGGCUGCCAGAAACUUCAACAAUUGAAUAACCUAGAUUUGCUGCAUGAGCUACAUUACCUAAACUUGUCAUGCUGCCCUGAAGUUAGAAGCUUUCCUUCAUCUCUGGAAAACCUCACGAAACUUCGUUCUUUGAACCUUUCAGAGUGUUCUAAGCUUCCAACAUUACCUGAUGGAUUAUUGCAAUCAUUCUCUAGCUUUUCUUCUAUUGUGGAUUUAAACUUAAGUGGGUUUGAGUUACCAAUGCUGCCUGACUUUUUUGGCAACAUUUGUUCACUUCAGUUUUUAAAUAUGUCAAAAUGUUCUAAACUUGAGGUACUCCCCCAAUCUUUUGGUCAGCUUGCAUAUUUGAAGGGCCUAAAUCUUUCAUUUUGCUCUGAUCUUAAACUCCUUGAAUCCUUUGAAUGCCUUACUUCUCUUCAGUUUUUGAAUCUCUCAAACUGCCCGAGGCUUGAAUAUCUGCCAUCAUCUUGUGACAAGCUUAUUAGUUUGGAGUAUCUUAAUUUAUCACAAUGUUUUGGACUCAAAGCGUUACCCACAUCACUUCCAAACCUUAAAAGGCUACAAAUUCUUGAGGUUUCUGGCUGCCAGGAUUGUAUAGUACAGUCCUGUUCUCUAAGCUCUGGAAGUGCGCAAUCCCAUCAAUGCUCAGAGCAAGUUGAGGAGGUUGGGUCAAGUAGUGCUAUCUCAGAUAGCACCCCUAAGAAGCCCGCAAUCAGAGAUGUGACGGGAGGAACAUGUGUUUUAGACACUGAUGAAGUUGAUUAUCUACAGAAUAAUCUGAAGCAAAAAUUAACUUCUACUUCCCACAUGGCUGGACAUAAAAGUGAAGAGCCCAAAUUUACCAAGACAAACUCAACUGGAGAAAUAGUACAACUGAUUCCUGGACACCAGUUCCCAUCAUCUUCGUCUCAUUUUUCUUCCUUUGUGUCAAGUUCAAGAGCUCCAUUUGCAUCUGCCUCCUCUUCAGAUGUCUCAACAAUUGACCAUCCAGUGUCUAAUGAUGAAACAGCAGGUUUCCAAUCGGAGGAGAAAGGCCAAGAGCCUCAUGUGUUGGCAAAAGAUGGACAGAUUUCUGAAAAUCAAGCACCCUCAUCGCACGCGCUGGUACAUAUGUGUGAAGCAGCUGCUACCAAAGGAAGCAAUGAGAGCCACACGACUGAGUAUAACGGAGCGUAUCAGUUCAAUGUGCAAUGUGAUGGGCCAAAUCAAGGGAUUGUGGUACAGCAAACCAACUGAAGAUAGUAGAGAUGGAGCUUAAGGCAUACAAUCAGACUGAAUGAAAGAUCUUGGAGCGGAAUGGAAGUCAUCAUGUGGAGAACAGAGUUGAUUUCAGCAGUGAUUCAAGUUGUUUGUGGUAGAGGAGGGUUGUUGUUGAUGUCAUUUGUCAUUGUUCGUCUCUCAACACCAUGGUUCAUCUUCUCAGAGCAAAAGAGCAUCCUGCUCUCGGACAGCAGAGCUUGGGCUCUUGGAGCUCUACUCCAUGUUGCUGUACUCAUAUUUUUUGUGUGUACGGAACAGCUGGUUUUUCGUCAAGUAUUUAGUGUGAUUUUGUUUCAGGUU